AUGACGAUAGAAGAGUUACACGAUGAAAUAAUUGCAAUUGAUGCUAUUUAUCCGAACACUAUUACUAAUAUUGCAUCACAGAUUCAUACUAUAAAAAUACCAAGUCAUGAAUUGGUUAGUAUACAAUUAAAUUUUCCAAUUAAUUAUCCAGAUUCAAAACCGGAAUUAUUGCAAAUUAUAAAUGAUAAUGCUUCGAGGUUCCCAGAUACGAAUUAUUUGGAAAGAAAUGCUACUGAAAUACUAGAGAAAGUAUUUACGUCCGGUAAAGUCGUAUUAUUUGAGUUGUUAACUGAAUUACAAGAAUUUUUUGAUAAAUAUCUUGAAGAACACCCAGAGAAUGAGCCUAGACCAGUUGAGAAGAAAGUAGAGAAAGAGAGAAGUGUUACACCUAAAAUAGAGGCACUUGUGGAAGUAAUAGAUCCAACUAUUGGUUGGUUACAAUCUGAUCCUAUAAUAGACCGAAAUUCAACAUUUAUAGCUUAUGCCAGACGAGUGAAUAAUCUACAAGAUGCACAAGAUUUACUAAUUAACUUAGUUACUGAUAAGAAAAUCUCCAAGGCUACUCAUAACAUAUCCAGUUGGAGAAUCAAAAUGGAUAAUGGAGUUAGUUAUCAAGAUUGGGAUGAUGAUGGAGAAACAGCAGCUGGUUCAAGAUUACUACAUUUACUACAGGUAUGUGACACCAAUUAUAUCUAUUAAUUAUACUAACUAUUUAAGAUGAUGGAUGUGUGGAAUAUACUCAUUGUUGUUAGUCGAUGGUACGGUGGUAUUCAUUUAGGACCAGAUAGAUUUAAACAUAUAAAUUCAGCCGCCAGGGACGUUAUUAUAAAAGGUAACUUUGAUAAUGUAAGUGGAAAUGCCAAUGCAAAUGAAAAUAAUACUAAUAAUAAUACAAAGAAGAAGAAAAAGUAA